ACACACAACCUUCUUGUACUGUGGGGAAUAUUUUCCAUAAAAACUUUGAAUAAUGUCAGAGUAUACCAAAAACUACAGAAACGCUUUCAUAAGAAAGCAUGGCAUGUGAAUGGUUAUGGUGGUGUAUUUUUAUCAGACACUCACUAGCAUAAAAAGCAGCAUUGGGAUUGAAUGCGGACACAGCAAAGGAAAGGAAAGCAAUCCCUGUGGCUUAGUCUGAUAAUCCUCUGAAAGUAAAUUGGCCCUACUCUAAUCAACAUAGUGGUUGGAAGAAAAGUGAAAUCAUUUCACUUCCAAGAUAAUAAAUGCCCAGUGACAGAAGGUGUCCUUGCAUGUUCCAGUCUGUGGCUAUUUCCUGUUUGAUGCGUGUCUCUCAUGCUGCUCAUUCAGCCUUUUUUUGGCAAUGAAAACAAAAAAAACCCAAGCCUGCUUUAAUUAAUGAAGUCCAGUUUCACCUAGCUUGCCCUGCUGUGAUAGUCCUGUUCAAAACGUCACCUGCUCUGCCCUUUGGGAAAACUCUGUGUGAAUUCUCUGUGUGAAUGCUGGCUUGCAGGGCUGCCUUUCUGGGUUUGGGUGUCCAGACCCCAAACUGGGAAGGCUGAGGAAUGCAUCUCCUUUCCCCAAAGAGCGUCACUUUGUUUUGAACUGGUCUUGUUUUAGAAAUACUACUGCAUUCUGUUCUAAUUUUCCAGAGCCCCCUAAUCUUCUUCCAGGCUCUUAAUGAUGUAGUUGAUAAUAGGAUUGUUGGUAUUAAUUUGGAACAAUAAUGCCAGCUGCUUGCUUGGUGGCUAUUGGCAGAGGGGUGACCUUGCGGGUCAGCUAAGCAGAACUGGAAGUGCUUUGAUCUGAUCUAUACAGAGCCAGAUCUGUGCACCCGAACAAGAGGAGCGAGUGAAUUCUCUCCCCAUGGGAUGCUGAUUCUUCUCCAAAGAGCAGGCAGGACAGCAUGGCCGGGGCCCUGGAUGCAAUCCUCGCUCGGAUCAAAGAUGUUUGUAAAAGGAACGGGCUGCUCAUCCUCUCCGUGCUGUCCGUCACCAUCGGCUGCCUCCUGGGAUUCUUCCUGAGGACCAGGCGCCUCUCCCAGCAGGAAAUUAGUUACUUCCAGUUUCCUGGUGAGUUACUGAUGAGGAUGCUGAAAAUGCUGAUUCUCCCUCUGGUUGUCUCAAGCUUGAUGUCUGGGCUGGCAGCCCUGGAUGCCAAGACUUCCAGUCGCUUGGGAAUCAUAACUGUCACUUACUACCUGUGGACAACCUUUGUGGCUGUGGUUGUGGGAAUAAUUAUGGUGUCCAUUAUCCACCCUGGUGGAGCAGCCCAGAAGGAGAGCACUGAGGAGGGUGGAAAGCCCAUCAUGAGCUCUGCAGAUGCACUGCUGGACUUAAUCAGGAACAUGUUUCCAGCCAAUCUUGUUGAGGCCACAUUCAAGCAGUAUCGCACCAGGAGUAUUCCCAUCAUUAAAUCGAACAAAGCGCCGUCCGAGAGCACCACUCGUCGCAUCAUCAUCUACGGAGUCCAGGACGAGAAUGGCUCCAACGUCCAGAACUUUGCCUUGGAUAUCACCCCCCCUCCUGAAGUGAUCUACAAAUCAGAGCCAGGAGCUAGUGAUGGCAUGAAUGUGCUUGGGAUUGUGAUAUUCUCUGCCACAAUGGGUAUAAUGUUGGGAAGAAUGGGGAACAGCGGUGUCCCUUUGGUCAGCUUUUGCCAGUGUUUGAACGAAUCUGUCAUGAAGAUAGUGGCAGUUGCUGUUUGGUAUUUUCCAUUUGGAAUUGUGUUCCUAAUAGCUGGCAAAAUCUUAGAAAUGGAUGAUCCCUCGGCCAUUGGGAAGAAGCUGGGUUUCUAUGCCAUUACUGUGGUGUGUGGCCUGGUGGUGCACGGGCUCUUCAUCCUGCCAAUGAUGUACUUCUUCAUCACCAAGAAGAAUCCCAUUGUCUUCAUCAGAGGGAUCCUUCAAGCCUUGCUCAUUGCUCUGGCCACAUCCUCCAGCUCAGCCACUCUGCCUAUCACUUUCAAGUGCUUGCUGGAGAACAACCACGUGGACAGGAGGAUCGCGCGCUUCGUGCUGCCCGUGGGAGCCACCAUCAACAUGGACGGGACGGCGCUGUACGAGGCCGUGGCCGCCAUCUUCAUCGCCCAAGUCAACAACUACGAGCUGGACUUUGGGCAGAUCAUCACCAUAAGUAUCACAGCAACAGCUGCCAGCAUAGGUGCUGCAGGCAUCCCACAGGCUGGCCUGGUGACAAUGGUCAUUGUUCUCACCUCGGUGGGGUUACCAACAGACGACAUCACGUUGAUUAUUGCUGUCGACUGGGCACUAGACAGGUUUAGAACAAUGAUCAAUGUCCUGGGGGACGCGCUGGCUGCUGGGAUCAUGGCCCACAUCUGCCGGAAGGAGUUCAUCAAGGAUGGCAAUGAGGUGCCAUUGAUCUGUGAAACUAAGCCUAUUAACAUCCAUCAGAUUGUGGCUUACCAGAGAAAUGGCUGUGUGAAGACCAUGAAUGAAUCUCGUGGACCAGAAACAGUGAAAGGGUUGCAGCACCAUAUACCCAUACAAGUGGAGCAAGAAGAAACUCCAGUGGAGAAUCACACUAAGAAAUCCAACAGUAAAGACCACUGCACUAUUGAAAUAAAUGAACUAGAAACAAAUGUGUGA